UUUUGGGGAACCUUUGGUUGGAGUGACAACCCAUGGUUGACGGCACCGAGAGGAGUUAUGUUAAGCGCAAGAAGAUUUUCACGAAUACGGAAUGGCACACUCGAUCAACUCGAACAUCGGCAAGAAGCAGAGGGGCGAUAUUCGUUUCGAAUCGAUCAGGAAUCAAAUGAAAGACGUAGGCACCGUCACACGACCAUGUGUAAGUGGGCGAUCAUUGUCAUCUUACUAUCUCCGCAAAAGUGGCUAGAAGGACGGCACGACCCACCGUUCAAGUUAAGGCAUCCGCCGCAAUGGCUAAGAGGUGCGUCGUGGCGGCUAGGUCCAUCAGGAACUCUCACAGGUACA